UGUCCGUACGCUCGGUGGAAAUGUCUGGUCGCGCAACCGAAAACCAGAUGUGUACGAAGUUAUUGCGUUCAAUUUUUAUAACAAAAAAAAAAAGUGCAGAGGAAUCUAGUCGAGUGGAUGUGCACUCGUCCCCCUAAAGAUAGUGCAGUUUCAAAUAUUGCGAACUUUCCGUUACCGACGAUAUCGUGCGUCCGUCUUAUUGCGGCCAAGUAUUUCAUUUUUUUGCCACGGGUGUACGAAUGGCUACCUAGUUUGUUUACGUGAUUUCGGUUUCCCGUUCUUUCGCCUGGUUCGCGUUCUCGCGUUCGCCUUACGUCGUAUAACCGACACGCAGUACGCGACGGUGUUGCUUCUACGUGUUUUUUUGAACAUAGAAAGGAGACGCGGUAAAAGCUCGGGGAAGCACGUGGACCAUGCCAGGGCAAGAAGCGAAGUGGUGACCUAAAACUCAUCCCCGGCCCUGACCCUCGAUGCUUACGCUACGGCUGGUGUCGACUCACUUCUUGAAGCAGCCAUAGGCAGUGCCCUUCGCCUCAGAGAAAGGGCCCGCUAUGCAAUGUGCCGUGAUAGGGAUAUGAACCCAAAACUAAUCGAGUCAAACGUUCCCAUUUUAACGUCGUAUCGGUUGCCGGCGUCGGCUUAAAAGUUUAAAACUAUUUGAGAGAGGUUCCGCGCGGACUACGUCGUCGACGAAGAAACACUUCUUCGCCGACGUAUUCUCAAAUCGAGAAUUUCGUGCUCAAGCAACCCCGUCAUCCUGGUCCACGUGAACCAUUUACCUCCUCCCCCUCCCUCCCCCACAGACAUCGUUCCUUACCCUACUACGUUCGUACAAUCUCUGUCCGUUCUCUUCAUCUAUCGAUCCCCCCCCCCAGCUCCCUGUGAUCGAGACUUCGUAGCUCGAUAAGUGAUCGGUGACGUAUGAAAGGAAGAGACGACUCAUCGCGAGGACAGCCAACCCGAAUCGACGAUAACCAGCCAAGAGAAACUUGCGGAAGGUGUAGCGCGAGGAUAAGCUGCCAGGCUGAACUCCGUUUAUUUCAAUCUGUGGAGGGUCGCGAGGGAGUGCAUUUACGAGCCGACCGGGCGUGAAAGUAGAAGCUCGUUUGUCCGUUCUGUGGUCCGUUUAAUGGGGGUAGAGAAAAACUCUGGUGUUUGUCGGUUUGAUCAGUGCGGCAGCGGGUCGCGGUGUAGGCAAAGUGGGAUGAGACGCCCUCAGCAAGAUCAUCAUCAUCAGCAUCACCACAACAACCACCACCACAACCACCAUCACCAUCACCACCAUGGAUCUUCGACGAGCCCUACACGCUCUAGACAAGCACUCGACAAGGACGAGUCCCGUUUGGCGAAAGUGAAACGCGUACUGGCAAUAUCGUUGCUGGGCCGUAACGGCGGAUCCACGAGGAUAUUCGGCGCGCGGCUGGACCUGGUGGAGUCGUACCUAGACACGGGCGUACCGUUCGUGGUGCAUCGACUGUGCAGUUACAUCGAGGCCCAUGGAUUCCAAAGUGCCGCCGUGUUCCGUCUGUCCGGAGGUAGCCCGAGAUUGGCCGAGAGGCUGAGGGCAGCCUUCGAGAGAAGAGGCGAUGCCGAUUUGGAAGCGGCUGCGUGUCCACCGACCGCGGCUACGCUUCUACGCCAAUAUCUCAAGGAACUGCCGCAACCUGUCGUCCCGUCGACGCUCGUUGCCAGGCUGCUGACCAUUCAUGCUCAGAAUUAUGGGGACGAUCGCGAUCGUUGGAUCGGUUUGACGAAAGAGCUUCUGUCCAGCCUACCGUCCUCUCACUAUCGCUUGCUCGGCUACCUGGCGAUCUACCUGAGCAAGUACGAAGCCAGGCAUGGACGAGGCGCCGGCGUAUGCGGCGUGUUCGCACCCGUGAUCCUACCUCACGUUCCACCUGCCACCACGCUCCUGAGGGACAUCCUUGCUGAGGCUUCCGAACUCUUUCCCGACUGCAUCCGUGAUAACAACGCGGUGAACGGCGUGAUCCCUGCCAGUGACUGUAAGAUCUGCAAGGACGCGAAGGACGAACCAAAGGAUUCCGAAAGCGGCGGCGCGUCCCUGCUUUGCGCGCUGAAACCGCGUAAGCGCAAAGAACGUCGCGAAUCCUGUUGCCAGGAACGGAAACUGAUCAGGAGCAGCAGCGAGGAGCGUGUACUCGAAAGUCCUACGAAAGCGGCUGAUACGAUCAGACGCGUCAGCAGUCACGAGGAUUUCAAUAGCGAGGAACAUAUGCAUAUACUGUCUCAACUCGGUCAGGACAACAUGGGUCAUGGUGUGAGAUGCGGAGGUCUUCCUCUGCACGAAAGGACGAAUGUUUCGCCCAUAUCGAAGAAAGCGCCGUCGUUCCCGUCGCCGUGCGAGACGGCUCUCGAAACUGAAAAAUUCGAGCGCGACGCCGAGAAAUUGCGAAGCAGCGAACGUUUCAGCAGGAGCAUCACCCCGAAGGGCAGAAAGCAGGCCAGAAGAAGAAAAGUGCACAAGAUCGCAGACGCGGUGAGUUCUACCAAGGAAAAUGACGACGGACCUGGUAACAUUUAUAACGUAUCGUCGAGCCCCAACAGCCGCAAUGGGUCACCGGCCCAAAGCUUUUUAGAAAUGUUGAGCAGCGGUCCGAGCCGAUCGCCAUCGCCAGCUCGACCGCCGACGGUCGACCACGAAGAUCUAAACAAUCCCAGUUUGACGAAUUGGACUUUCCAACGGCACGAAAAUGGAGAAGAUGCAGACGCGCGUGUCGAGGCCAUGCUAUCGCCAAGAAAUUCUCUGUUGCUGCCUAGACGGUUUUAUUCCGAGAACGAAGUGCAGCCCAGCACUCCGACGAUCGCGGAACUUGGCUUGAAAAAUCUGACAAAGCAUAUAAAUAGUUUGAAGAAAAAGAUUAAGAAGUACGAGGACGAGUUCGAGGAAAAUUUUGGUUAUCGCCCGAGUCAUUCCGAUAAAAUGAGCAACAGGGAUAUAAAACGAUUGUGUUCGGAGUUGAAUAAAUUGCGAAAGGAGCAUAAGCUUCUGAAGGAGGAUCCGGUCAGCGCGUUAUUGGCCAACGCGAAUAAUAGAAUAAGAUCGGACAGCGGUAGCUCGACCAAUAACAAUAAUAGCCCGGAGAAAUCCAGAGCCACGUCGAUGGAAGAAAUGGUGAAGGAUAUAGAGAAGAAGCUCAGCGAGAAGAGAUUGAAAUGCAACAGACCCGACAAUAUGGAAGAGCUCACGUACGAGCAACUGAUAGACGAGAAAACUGCCGUGCAGAAAGCUUUGCUUCAUAUUGAAAAUAUUUUCGGAAGACCCGUCUCCAAAGAAGAUAGGACCGUUGUGCGUCCUUUAUAUGAUAGAUAUAGAACAUUGAAAAGGUUACUUAUUAGAGCAGGCGUGAGCAAGAAUAAAGAUAGCAUUUCGGAAUUAGCCACUAUCUUGGAGCACGAAGCAAUGGAUUUCACGUCGUCGAAUGUGCCUGGCAAUCAGUCUGACGCGGAAAGAAGAGCCAGCGAACCGGAUAUGUCGCAUAGAGGUAUUUUGGAUUGUAUAGAUUCGUUAGACCAAUUACCAACCGACAGCGACAGCCAGCACAGCAGCAGCGAAGGAAGUCGCAGUAACAAUGAAAGUCUCCAUGCGCUUCCACCGGACGAAUUAUUGGUUCAGCAGAAAUUGACCAGAGAAGAGAAAAAGCGCCUUCGUCGAGCUUUGAAAGAGUUAGAAGCGCAAUUCGAAGCUCGGGCCGGUCGCAGGAUGCAGAGAGAGGAUCGUGGCCCCCAAGUCAUCACUGUCUACGAAUCGUAUAAACAGGCCAAAGCAAAACUUAGACUGAUCGAUGCUCUUGUAGCUAAAAAUGCUUGACGCAGUAUCUAAUUGGCGCCUUGGAAAGUUACACGCGCGGCAACGACAAAACCCCAGAGCAUCAUGAAAACGUAAAAUGUGCACAGUAGUCGCUAUACAAUCGACAGAUCGCAUUACAUUCGUACAGUUUGUUGAAUAAUUCUGUUGUGUAAUAGGAACGGCAAGCAAAAGAAUUAGAAGAA